GCUGUCUUCUCUGCUCUGCGAUGCUCCACAGCUUCCUCACAUUUCCCGUCUCUCUCUAACCUCCCCACAAUGGCGUUUCUUCAAUGGUUUCUUCUUCUCUGUAUUUUCUUCACCUCCGCCUCCGCUAAUGCUCAAAGUAAAGUCACAGACAAUCCUGCUGAUGAGCUUGUAGCGGCACUCAACAAUAAUAGGACUGCUAAGAAACUACCUUCCUUGUACAGCAAUCCGGGACUGGCGUGCUUAGCUCUGCAAUACAUAAAAGCCUUUGAAGGUGACUGCGAUGCCGUUGGAGGGUCAGAUGCCAAGAAGCCUCCCGAUUCUUCAUUCGUUGAAACUUUUGCCCCCAACUGCGGUGUUCAGGUAAACACCCUUGCUCAAAUAACCGGCCGCUUUCUUGCCUGCCAAUCCAAAUACGUGAGCCCUUCUCAAGCAUUCUCGGACAUCUUGAUAAGAGGCCAAAAAAGCUUCGAUAUACUCUACAGCAAGAACCACACCGAGGUUGGCGGUGCUGUGAGUGGCAGUGAUGGCGGUGGCCCGUAUUUCUGGUGUGUGCUCUUCAGCAAUGGCAAAUCGAAUAGCAGCUUCGCCUUGGAGGGAGGCACGGCGAAGGACACGAAGCCCGGAUGCUUCAGCGGUGCUAACGAUGUGUGCAGCGCAGCUAAUGCUUUGUCUCGAACCUUACGCCCAUGGCUAGUUGCCGUUGGAGCUUUGGUUGCCCUCGUUUAUGCAUUUGGAUCAGUAUAACCCACCAUUUCAUGGAUUGUGGAUGGCUGUUCUUGGGCAACUCUCUUGUUAUGCCGUAGGAACUGUGUUUAGUGUAUCAUUAUUGUAUCAAUUCAUUCAUCAAUGUUCUCUGUAAAGAAUACCAUUUCCACAUUUGAUUUUGUUGAAAAUAUUUUGGAUCUCUUA